AUGGAAGGUGAAGAAGAUGAUUUUCCAGGGCCUGAGUCCGGCAUUGGUGGGAUCAACUUGAACGGGAGAAAUGUUGGGCGGAUCAACAUAUACGUGAACAGCAACGUUCAAGGGAGUUGUGGUUCGGUUAUGUUGGGUAGCAAGGUUAAGCUAAGAGAUCCUGGUGUUCAUCUCCAUAUCGAAGGACUUAAAAUGAACAGAGACGACGGAUCUAGACAGAAGGAGAUGAGAUUGAUAAAGGUUGGGUUAUGUGUGGUCUGUCUUUUCAACGUCUUUCUCGGAUUCGCUCUCUUGCUCUCCUCUUGGCUCAGAAAGAAAACCGAUUCCAUAUAG